GCCCAACUGUACGAGAUCCUUGCAAAAGGGCGGACAGAUCAUGCCUUCCACUCUAGGCCAAGGCCGGACAUUACCCCUGAGGUAAUGCGUGAGAAACAUUCCCUACCUGAUGCGUGGUAAACACGAUCAGGCCACCCUUGACCACAGUUUUCGGGAUGACGGAAACCGCAAGGCUGUCGCCCCCAAUGUCAGGGCGGGUCCGGUGGACAGCCUCCAAAUAGGUAGCGAACGGCUUGGAGAGAUAAAUCCGGACCUGAAAAAUUCACUUCGGGGAUAUAGGAAUCAACCAAGUAAUCGUUAAAUUAUGGCCAAACAUCUGUGAUAAAGACGUGCGCGAAGAAUUUUAUGUGUGUUUUGCAUAACUCUUCGUUAAAAAGCCGAACUGUCAUUCGUAUUUUAUAAAAUAUUUAACUACUAUUUUCCUGGUUGUAGUGGUUUGUGUUUUCAUUUAAUCUAUUAUUGUCUCUGUCUGUGAACAGCAAAUGUAAGUAAUGUUAUAAAACCUCUUCAUGGUUUG